AUGGAGAUCUCUUCUGACUCCUCUGGCCCAGCUGAGGGGGGUGACCUCGCUGCCGACGACACGGCGGCCACUCGCCGCUCUCCAUGCUUGGAGACCCCCCCUGGUUUUCCGCCUCGACCGUCGUCGCCGCCUCCGCAACCUGCUGCUGUGGACUCUGGAGCUGAGACUGCUGGUGCUAAGACUGGGGGUGCUGAGGCAGAGGGUGAGGGUUCUGGGGGUGCUGCGACUGGGGGUGCUGGUUCUGGGGGUGCUGAGACUGGGGGUGCUGACUCUGGGGGUGCUGCGAGUCCUGGCGGCGAUGGAGGGUCCAGUCCUGCUGGUGCUGGAGCUACUAGUCCUGGAGGUGCUGGAGGUACUGCUGGAGGUACUAGAGGUGCUGCUGGUGCUGGAGGUACUGGAGCUACUGGUGCUGUAGGUGCUGGAGCUGCUGGUGCUGGAGGUGCUGGAGGUGCUGGAGGUACUGCUGGUGCUGGAGGUACUAGAGGUGUUACUAGUGCUGGAGGUACUGGAGCUACUAGUCCUACUGGUCAUAGAGGUGCUGGAGGUGCUGGAGGUACUACUGGUGCUGGAGGUACUGGAGCUGCUGGUGCUGGAGGUGCUGGAGGUGCUGCUAGUACUGGAGGUGUUGGAGCUACCACUGCUGGAGGUACUGGAGCUGCUAGUGUUGGAGGUCCUACUGGUACUGAAGGUACUGGACCUGCUGGUGCGCUUAGCCAGCUUCUCGCCCUUCCACCAGCUCCUACUGAGUUCCCAGUCGCUGGUACUACUCCUCCGUUAAUGUUCCCACAGCUCCUGCCUCACUCCCCACUGCCUGCUCCUGCUCCUUACACUGCUGUGACAGAGUCCCUGACUGAGCAUCGAGAGCCUGAGACUCGUGCUUCCACUCCUGAGCGUCGAGAGCCCGAGACUAGAGCUUCUGUCCAUACUUGUGUUCCUCGUGUUCGUCGUUCUUGUGCUCCGGCUGUCCCAGGCACUCAUGAUAUGACACUCCGUCCUUCCUCUGUUCCACUGUGUGUUGUCCUGCCUUCACCUCCUGAGUCUUCUCUUCUCGCUGGUGCUGACCCUCCGUCUGACCUUGCUCGUGCGUCCAGUCCGACUGUUACUCGCUUUCUUGCUAUGGUCGUGACGGACUCUACGCUCUCGUCUCCUGCUGCGUCUGCCUUCGUCGCUGAGCUAGUUGACUUUGCUGCUGCGUACCGCCUAGACUACCGUGUGGGUCUCGUUUCUGACCCUGACCCUGCCUGUCCUCCGUCCGUCGAGGGUGAGGUUGCCCUUGGCUGUGACGUUCAUGAGGACAGGCAGGAGGAGCUGGAGUGUCUUGCGGCCGCUGCACCUCAUCUCGCGACCAUGCUGCUUGCCCCCGAGGGAGACCCGGAUGCACUUGACAUCCCCACCCCGCGCUCUUACAGAGAGACGAUCUCGGGUGAGUACUCCUCUCAGUGGCAGACAGCCAUGGACGCAGAGAUGGCUUCCUGGAAGUCCACAGGCACCUACGUCGACGAUGUUCCCCUGUCAGAGGUCCACUGGUGA